UGUUUGUUCGCCAAAACUACACUUCCGCUCCGGUGUUGACACCAGGAAAGUAAGCGGGAGGACAGAGCAUAGACAUCAGUCCCCACAUUUGUCCUACGCGGUUGUAAGGAAAGAAGGAUCUCGGGGUUGACCAGUAUUCAUGUAAAGAUGACACAGACCAGGAAUGGCUGCUGAUGUGGAAGUAAAAAGUCAGCUGCUGGACAAUGACUUCAACACUGACUCCACCACUUCAGAUUCCACAACUGUCUCAACUGGGUUCAGAAACAACAACACCCUUCUGAAAAUGCACCCUACUAGCUGUGAUAUCCAGCUGGAGACCAGUGAAGACAUAAAUACCCAAAGUCACAAGGACAAGGAUGAUUCUUGCCACACUUCCACAAUGCCCCCUGGCUGGAUCAGAGAGGUAAAGCAGAGGAAAGCAGGCAAGACAGCAGGCAAACUGGACAUCUACAUUACAAGUCCCCAAGGGCUGAAGUUCCGGUCAAGAGCAUCCCUGCACGCUUUCCUCCUAAAAGAUGGAGAUGGGAACUUAGACAUAAACCUUUUUGAUUUCACUGCAUCCAAAUGCAAUGAUGUCACCACUUCCUCCCAAGUGAAAGAGAGGAGAAGAAAGAAAAAGCAUGCAGAAGCACAGCAGGAGAAGACAACAGAAAUACUGGAUCCACCUCCAAAUAAAUCUAAAAGAGCCUCUUCCUCCGUCAGAAGUAUUAAAGAAGAAAAAGUAAAGCCUGCAGAAGAUACUAACCAUAUUAAUACUGACAUUGUACUAAAGGGGAUUACACACGUACUUGAAGUGUGUAGUGACAAAACUGAUGAGACGGUGAAGUGUUGCAUACAAGCUGCACCUUCAACUACAGUGGGUGACAUCAAACUGCAGAAGAGCUCUCAGAGGGUGGGUCUGCUGAGAGAGAAGCUACUCAGACUGGCUCCUUCCAGUAACCAAGAAAACACUUUCAGUGUUCACAAGGACGAUCAGGCAGCAGACUCGCAGCGUUCUGUCCCGACUCUGAAUGUUGAACCUGCCGCCGAGAGUGUGAACAAGAGUGCGGAUGAACGAGGCAGAGAUGAGAUACAGAUUCACACCGAAGGUGACAACAAGCCUAAUUCUGAACUGGAGGCUAAUGUUGACAGUCACCAGGAUGUGGAAGGGGAGGUGUUGUUACCUGACAUCACUCGUGGGAGCUGCACACCAGUGAGAGAUUCCCAGAAUAAGUCCAAGAGCAUGGAGGACAAACGGAAAACAAGCUCUUACUUCAGCAGGAAACCCCUCGGGGAUGGCCUUAGCCCACCCAAGAGGAAGGCCUUCAAGAAGUGGACGCCCCCUCGCUCUCCCUACAACCUCGUACAGGAAACCCUUUUCCACGACUACUGGAAGCUCCUGGUGGCCACCAUUUUUCUGAAUAAAACCAGUGGAAAGAUGGCCAUACCAGUACUGUGGCAGUUCUUUGAGCGUUACCCGUCUGCAGAGGUGACUCGGGAGGCCGAAUGGAAGCCCAUGUCUGAACUUAUGAAGCCACUAGGCCUGUAUGAGCUUAGAGCCAAAACGCUCAUCCGCUUCUCAGGUGAUUGUGCUUGUCCACUGUAUGUGAUGGAUUACAGUUUCAACUUCUGGAUGAAUAUCUAACUAAACAGUGGCGUUACCCCAUCGAGCUGCAUGGUAUUGGGAAGUAUGGCAACGACUCCUACAGGAUAUUCUGUGUGGGAGAAUGGAGACAGGUGACACCUGAAGAUCACAUGUUAAACAAAUACCACACCUGGCUGUGGAAGAACCAUGAAAUGCUCGGAAUCUGAAACACAAAGUAUGAGGAACUGCAAGGUUUUAUCACAUAAACAGUUAUUUAACAAUGUUAGUAUUUUGAUGAACUUGCCUCCUAAAUUGCUUUAAAAUUAUGCAGUGACAUUCUGAAGCUAUCAGAAUCAGUGUUAGCCUUUCUGUAAAAAGUUUGACUCAAUGUGUAAUAAAAUGUCUUAAAUGGUUUAAAAGAUCAAACGCUUCACGAGUGCAUUAUUCAGUCAGUCUUCUGACUUGUUUUCUUGUGCCAUCCGGAGACUUCUGACUGUAUCUGGUUAGUCCAUUGUCACAGGCUAAUAAUCUUUCUUUUUAAGUGCACGGAUGCAUGACCUUACACUCCACGCAGCAGCUUUCUUUUGGUGGGGGGUAACGUGAUUCCCAAGGCAACUGUUGCCACCGCAAAACACUGAGUGAAUGCACAGGUCCUGGUUUAAUCUCUAACUAGUACCAGUACAGUAAUUAGCUAUAUUUACAUUUGGUGUUGUGUUAUGAUUUACUGUCAAUAUAAUUGCAACUUUAAGAAGAUAAUUAAAUACUGCAGGAUUUGACACUUUGGAAAGUUUCAUUCUACAGACUGGACUUCUCUGGUGGGCGAACAGAAGAUCUUGAAUGAAAAUGAAACUACCAGCCAUCUCUAUACCUUCCACACCAGUGCGUAUUCCUCACGACACACCUCCUGUCCGGCAGAGUCGCUGCCUGGUGGUCACUCCCAUGACCUUUCCCAUUAUCUCAGACUCUGCUCGGAUGUGGACAAGCACUCAGAGUAUUCCAAGACUGAACCCUUUACAUCCACCUUUGGUCCAUAAACGCACCGUCAGUCUGGAGACACCAGCUGUUCACCACCACAACCACCAGAGGACACUCAUCUUGCAGAGGAGAGAGCAUUACAGGUAUCAUCAAGUGUGGCGAAAACCCUUUUAUGGAACCAGCAGUGAGAGAGAAGAAUACAGGAAGGAGUUGCGAGAGCAGUUAAAGAGGCAGAUAGAGGAGAAAUGUGUAGCACUGAAGCUGCAGCUGGCCAGUAAAGUGAAGGAAGCAGAUUAUCUACGAGAAGUGGACCGCCUUGCCCUGUCCAGUGAAAAAGAGCAAAGAAUCCAACACAGCAAAGCAAUGACAGCUUACAGAGACGAGAACAAGAGGCUAAUGGAGCAGAGCUGGAGGGACAGAGCACUAAUACGCUCUCAGGAGGCCCUGAAGGAGAGAGAGCUGCUGUGCUUCAACCCCAUUAACUGGAGUGGAACACUGAAAUAGGUUGAACCUCAACAUCCAGAGUCACAACUUCAGGCUCAGGCCUUGCUGUAGCACUUGGGCAUGCAUGAAUGGGAUGCAACAUAUAUAGUACAUGUAAUUAAUGUUGUGAUACCUAUUGAAGGACCUUAAGAGACCUUAGGAUUUUCUAAACUGGGAAGAACCAAAUUAAGCUCUUCACCUUUAUUCUUAAUAUAUAAGAAUACUGAUUUAUUUCCAAUCUUUCUUUAUAAUUAUUUAAAAAUAUAUUAUAUAGGUAUAUCUUUAUAUAUUAUAUAGGUUCUUUUAUCUGCUGCUCUGGGUACAAUACAGUAAAUCCAAGAUUAAAGAAUACCGAUUCAGCAUUGCACUCCUAUAACAUUGCCAGACUUAUGGACAGUUUUUAAAUAAUAGUAUCAAAAUCCAUACACAGAACCAGAGAUAUCGUCUUUUUUUAUUCCAUGCAUUCUUCUUCUUCUUCCUCAUCAAAACCUACAUUAUCCACAAUGCAACUCGACCGCCAACAGUUCUGUUGGAGAUUUGUGUCUUAUGCUAGUAGCGGCUAAUUUAGCCGAGCAGAGAUGAGGAGCAGGCUAGAGGUCUAGUAAGCUCACUUCUUUCUAACUCCACACCCCCUCAUUUUUUUCAUUUUCAAACUUGUAGUCUUCAGUCCCAGACAGACUUUGAUGUGUAAAAUCUGUGGUUACCCUUUAAGGGUUUCUCCCAGUCACCAGUAAUUUAUGGUGCAACAUUCUACACAACUGUAGAAAAUAAUACUCCACAAGCUAAAAUGUUUUUCCUCAUUCUGUUUAUGUAAAGAGCAGAGGAAGCUUGACAAAUUAAAUUUUAAAAAAUUGAAAUAAAAAA